AUGGAGGGAGGGGCGGGUGCUCUGUCAGAACGACACUGCGUCGACCUCGCCGACUGGUCGUUGGGCCGGACGCUGGUCGUUGUCAUCGUCCGUCUUGACGAGGCAUCGGAAAGCGAGUUGCCAGUUGCCAGUUGCCAGUUGCCAGUUGCGUUGAAGGGAGUGGCUAAAAGGCUCAUCGCCGUGCCGGUCGAGUGGCCAAAUGACAUAAUCAAGUUGGCAAGUGUCGCUCGCUGA